GCCUCUUGAAAAUCCAUACAUUAAACAGCCUCUCAUAUCUCUCAUUCACACAAACCAAUCAAACACUCAAAAUUCAUCAAAAGAAAAUCAGCCAAACAUGGCCUCCUCUGCUUUUGCUUCUUCAGCUAUUGCAGCUGUUGGCCUCUCUUCACCCAGUUCCCAAAAGAGUGGAUCAAUUGUGGGAGCAACAAAGGCUUCAUUCUUUGGAGGGAGAAAACUGAGACUGAGAAAGUACAGUACAUCACCGGCCGGAGCACGGUCGGUUACCGUUUGCGUCGCAGCCGAUCCCGAUAGGCCCAUCUGGUUCCCAGGCAGCGUCCCUCCGCCAUGGCUUGAUGGAAGCCUCCCUGGAGACUUCGGAUUUGAUCCCCUUGGUCUUGGAUCUGACCCUGAGACUCUGAGAUGGAACGUCCAAUCCGAGCUAGUCCACUGCAGAUGGGCAAUGUUAGGCGCUGCUGGAAUCUUCAUCCCUGAAUUCCUUACAAAGAUUGGAAUCCUCAACACCCCAUCAUGGUACACCGCGGGUGAGCUCGAAUACUUCACAGACACCACCACCCUUUUCAUCAUCGAGCUUAUUUUAAUUGGUUGGGCCGAAGGAAGGCGUUGGGCUGACAUACUCAAGCCAGGUUGUGUCAACACCGAUCCGAUUUUCCCCAACAACAAGCUCACCGGCACAGAUGUUGGGUACCCGGGUGGGCUGUGGUUUGACCCAUUGGGUUGGGGAAGCGGGUCACCAGAGAAAGUGAAGGAGUUGAGGACUAAGGAAAUUAAGAACGGAAGGCUGGCUAUGUUGGCUGUGAUGGGUGCAUGGUUUCAAGCUAUUUAUACAGGGACUGGACCUAUUGACAACCUCUUUGCCCACCUUGCUGAUCCUGGUCAUGCCACCAUUUUUGCUGCUUUCACCCCCAAGUGAUAGGAGCAAGUGAUCAAUCAUCCACCAAGCUAACUGGGAUUUAUGUGCUGGACAUUUUUGCAAACAUCUUUUGUGCAAGUUUCCAAGUGUCCUGUUUGUCUGAGUAGAAUUUGCAUUGCCUAUCUCUGUUUAUGUCUCCUGUAGAAAGAUCAUGCUGUGUACAAAAACCUCUUUGUUUGAACUUAAAUCCCAUAAAUAUAAUUCAUGUAGUAAUUGAUUAAAA